UGCUGCGGGGAGCUGCUCGGCUCCUCGUGCGGCUGCGGGGCCGCGCGCGGAGACUGGGACCCGUUUGCAGGUAUGGUGUGAAUAUGCGCUGCCUCGCAGCCCGGGUCAACUACAAGACGCUCAUCGUCAUCUGCGCCCUCUUCACGCUCGUCACGGUGCUGCUCUGGAACAAAUGCUCCACGGAGAGCGCGGGGCGCGCGGCCGCCGGGGAGCCCCCGCGCCCCCACAGCGAGGAGGCUUCGCCCCAGGAGCAGCAGAGAGCCCCGCCGGUCGUGGGGGGCUUCCAGAGGCCCCCCGGGCCCAAGUACGAGGAGAUUGACUGUCUGAUCAAUGACGAACACACCAUUAAAGGGAGGAGGGAAGGCAACGAGAUCUUCCUGCCGUUCAGCUGGGUAGAGAAAUACUUUGAGGUUUAYGGGAAAAUUGCGCAGUACGAUGGUUAUGACAGGUUUGAAUUCUCUCAUAGCUACUCCAAAGUGUACACACAGAGAGCCCCGUACCACCCGGACGGGGUGUUCAUGUCCUUCGAGGGCUACAACGUCGAGGUGCGGGACAGGGUGAAGUGCAUCAGCGGCGUUGAAGGUGUACCGCUGUCCACGCAGUGGGGACCUCAAGGGUAUUUCUACCCAAUCCAGAUUGCACAGUAUGGGUUAAGUCACUACAGUAAAAACCUGACCGAGAAACCACCUCACGUAGAGGUGUACGAAACCGCCGAGGACAAGGACAAAAGCAGCARGUCCGCGGACUGGACUGUCCCAAAAGGCUGCUCCCUCGCAACAGUCUAUGAUAAAUCCAAGUUCACUAAUGUUAAACAGUUUAUUGCUCCAGAAAAUACCGACGGGGUAUCUCUGCAGCUUGGCAACACUAGAGAUUUUAUUAUUUCCUUCGACCUCAAAUUCAUCACGAACGGGAGCAUUUCGGUGGUUCUCGAGACGACGGAGAGGAACCAGCUCUUCACCGUGCACUACGUGUCCAACACGCAGCUCAUCGCCUUCAAGGAGCGCGACGUCUACUACGGCAUCGGGCCGCGCACCGCUUGGAGCACCGUCACGCGGGACCUGCUCACCGACCUGCGCAAAGGCGUCGGCCUCUCCAACACCAAGGCCGUGAAGCAGACCAAGAUCAUGCCCAAGAGGGUGGUGCGCCUCGUGGCCAAGGGCAAGGGCCUCCUGGACAACGUCACCAUCUCGGCCACGGCGCACAUGGCGGCCUUCUUCGCCGCCAGCCGCUGGCUGGUGCGCAACCAGGACGAGAAGGGCGGCUGGCCCAUCAUGGUGACGCGGAAGCUUGGGGAAGGCUUCAAGGCGCUCGAGCCCGGCUGGUACUCGGCCAUGGCGCAGGGGCAGGCCAUGUCCACGCUCGUGCGGGCCUACCUGCUCACCAAGGAGCAGGCGUUCCUGGGCGCCGCGCUGCGCGCCACGGCGCCCUACAAGCUCCCCGCCGAGGCGCGCGGCGUCAGGGCGCUCUUCAUGGGCCGCCACGACUGGUACGAGGAGUACCCCACGUCGCCCAGCUCCUUCGUGCUCAACGGCUUCAUGUACUCGCUCAUCGGGCUCUACGACCUCAAGGAGACGGCGGGCGAGAAGCUGGGCAAGGAGGCCAGGCUGCUCUACGAGCGGGGCAUGGAGUCGCUCAAGGCCAUGCUGCCCCUCUACGACACCGGCUCGGGCACCAUCUACGACCUGCGGCACUUCAUGCUGGGCACGGCGCCCAACCUGGCGCGCUGGGACUACCACACGACCCACAUCAACCAGCUGCAGCUGCUCAGCACCAUCGACGACUCGCCCCUCUUCAAGGAGUUCGUCAAGCGCUGGAAGAGCUACCUGCGCGGCGGCAGGGCCAAGCACAACUAAGACCGCGUUUAAGCCUCAAAGACGGCGUGCUGAGUUUGACUGUUGCAAUGAAGUGGUCCUUAAAAACUCCCUCCCUCCAAGUAAUUGCAUUCCAGAGUGAGAAUACUGGGGGCUCCCAGGCGGGAUGGGGAGCAGGGUCCCAUCCCGGCAGCGUCUGCCCCUCGCCCACCGUGUCCCGCUGCAGAAUUAGCCACAAGAAGCCGCGUCCGUUUGUGCCCCCGAGUCCGGGGAUGUUUUUCCUUUUCCUUUUUGUAGGAAAAUCCUUGCAGAAGCCAUACCGGCCUCUAAUGCCCAGCACCUGCCUGGAAAGUUAGUGUGUGGCCUCUUUUAAGAUGGAGCUUCACGUGUUCGUGUGUUGGGAGCAGCGUAACGACCCCGAGGUGUGAUGCAGUCGCUGUGUGUUUACCUGUAGCCUGGGUUCUGGACCGUGUAUCUUUUUAAAGGCGUUUCUUUUUAUAGGGAUUCUUUUCUUGAGGUGGAAGAAGRAAAAAAACACACGAUUUUUUUAGUCCUAUAUAUAGAAAUCCUUAACGUUUGUUUCCUUGGAAGCUGUGUGAAGGGGAGGCCGCCCGCCCGCCCGCGCGCGCGGAGGCUUCGCGCUCCCGCUGGGUAAGCACAACACCGCACAAAGCCCGCGAAUUCCCGCGGAGAAUUCCCAUCCGGAAUUUCCAUCCCCGACGCCGCAGCCCCCGCUGCCAUUCCCGCCGGAGCCGUGGCCUCUUCACCCCCAGGGGCUGCUCCAUCCCCAACGCUCCAGUGUUCACCAAGGACCCGGGGACAGGGAUUCCCUUUUUCCYUUCCUUUCUUCCUCAUUUCCCCACCGAUCCUAUUACAUGUUAUAUGUUCCAGGUGUGGCUUUAUGUUCUAGGCGUGGCUUAAGUUCCAGAUGUCCGUACUGAGGUCAAGGUCCAUCCAAGCCGCAGAAAAGCCGGGCACGUGGCCAAAACGCAUUGUGCAUUUUUUCUUCUUUUAGAUGCCUCUUUUUCGUUCUUGCAGAUAUAUGAGACAGCUUUGUAAUUACUUGACCUUUGCAAACACGUGAGACGAUUGUACCGGCUCAUGUGGGAAGUGAAUGCCACAGGAGAAGUUUCAAUACCAAAGUUAGCUCCAGACACCUUGUUUCCGCACCCGCACGUGCCCACGUCCUUCCCACUAGUGACCGGUCCUUCCUGCCACCACAGGCGGCGUUUUCCUGCAUCUUUCCUCGUUUUUUGCCCGUUUUUGAUUCCGUGAAUAUUUGGGUAUUGCCCAGGAGACAGUACCAGUGCCUUAAUGAGGCCGCAUUUCCUCUUGUUUUAAGGACAGCUGAAGAGCAGGGCUGGUUUUUCCGUGUUUUUGAUGGAACCAGCCCAGGAGCUGGGGGGACCUUGGCCAGACGCGUCAGUUGGCAGCGUCAGCCGGAGCGUCCUGUCCUGAACACCCUGCUUGCUUUCCUGUUGCCCUUCGCACAAGUGUAAAUCAAAGCAGCCCGCCACCAGGGGCUGUGGGAUGAAGAGAAUUAGUGGGUGGAUUUUCUCCUAUAUUUUGCUUUUUAAUAGAAUUUGGUGGUGGAAGAGGAUUUUUGGACACUGCUGCCCGUAGCUUCGCUGGAUUCGCUCAUCUCUUAAUUCCUUCGCUCCUCGGUGCUCAAAGCGACCGAGGUGUCACCCCGUGUCCCCGCGCCGUGCGUCCUGCAGCGCGUGCAGGGCCGGGGCCGUAUGCAACCACCGACACAAGCACAACUCCGAGACGUGGCCGUGCGCUUUCCCUUGGCCCUCCUGCCACACAUUCACCGAAAGCUGCUAUUAUCAUUCGCUGUGUAAUUGUACUUUAUUUUUUCUACUUUAUUAUUUCUCUUUUUUUUUUUACAUGUGGGGUAUACACCAUGUGUUAAAUAUGCAAUAAAUUGUUUACCGGAUGCCCUUGUGAAGGGUAGUCCUUUGUAAAGCUGUACAGACUUUGCAGUUUAAGCACAAUGUGCGCGUUAGUUUUAUAUACAGCGAGACGUGACUUUUUGCAGAGGGAAAGGUUCUACUAUGUUUAUAUACAAAGUAAAUGGAUCAACAUUUGUGC